AUGGAUUCACCUCGACCAGUGGACCGCUUUGGUUGGUACACUGAUGGUGACUAUGUAAUGUCUCCAAAAGAGAAACAACUUGCAGAAGCGGAAGCUAAAAAAGAGCACAUUCGCGAGCAAAAAUGGGCAGAAAUGACAAGUAAUUGGGAAUAUUGGAUUACACACAAAAGAGAUAAAGUAGCUAGAAGAAUUCGAAAAGGUAUACCCGAUUCAUUCCGUGCUAAAGCUUGGGAUUUAUUAACAAAUGCCGAAGCAUCAUUAAAUGCUGCACCAGAAAACAUCGAACAACUUAUGCAAAAGCCAGAACUUCCUACAUACAAGUCAAUAGAAGCAGAUGUACAGAGAACAUUCACUCAUACCGCUUACUUUUCCAAUCCAGAAAUGCAACAGUCUUUGAGAAAGGUUUUAUGCUCUUUUGCACAAAUAAAUCCAGAGUUGGGUUAUGUAUUUGGCAUGUCCAACUUAGCAGCAACGUUUUUGAUGUACUUAGAUGAAAAUACAACUUUAUGGGCUUUUUAUAAUGUAUUGACAGGAUUUCGCACUCUCCAUAAAGACUACUUUACGACAGGAACACCGCGAUGGAAAUUAGCCAAUCAAAUGUUAGAUAUUGUUCUGAAAGAUAAAUUGCCAAAAAUCCACAAACAUUUUCAAGACAUAAACCUCGACCUUAAACAGAUUACAGCCAAAUGGUUCAUUCCGGCUUUUCUCAGCUACGAAUGGCCUUCCGAAUUUAUGCUUCGCAUUUUCGACAUUUUCUUAUUCUACGGGACCAGGGCUCUUCUUGUGUUCGCCAUAAGUAUAUUUUGGGUCCACAGGGACGAGCUCAUUACUGAUUCCCUCGCAGACGUCAUCACUUUGAUGGACAAUCUUGAUUCGUCGUCAAAGCUCAAGGACUGGAGAGUCUUUUUGAAGAAUUUCGAUGACCUCUGGAUAAAUAAGAAAUAUUAUCUCAGUUUACUUAAACAAUGCGGAGCUCCCCCUGAGAGAUUAGAAUAA